UUUCUCAUCAAGCAUUCCCAUAAACUAACAGUCUUUUCAUUCUACACUUUACAUCAUAAUCACUUUCACUUACCCUUUAAACCAACUUUUCACUAGAGAAAAUGGCACAAUACGGAGGAGAACAAGAACAAUACAAGAAGGAAGAGGGCUAUGCCCACAACCAACUUCACUCCACCACCACAGGCCAUGAAAUAGGAGGUGCUGGAACCAACAUCCACUCCGCCACCACCGGUCAUGAUAUCGGAGGUACGGGAACCAAUGUCCACUCCACCACCGAAGGUUAUAACGUCGGAGGUACCGGAACCACCAUCGGAACGGGUGGUUAUGAAGAAGGGAAGCAUGGUGGUGCUGGGGGGAUACUCCACCGGUCUGGGAGUGGUAGUUCUAGCUCAUCUGAGGAUGAUGGAGAGGGAGGCAGGAGGAAGAAGAAAGGUCUGGUUGAGAAGAUCAAGGAGAAGCUACCUGGCGGCGAUCAUGGCAGCGAUGAGCACAAGACUUCAGCCACUGCCACCACUGUAGGCGGUGGUGAAUAUGGAUAUAAAGAAGGAGAGGAAGGACAUGAGAAGAAAGGACUGAUGGAUAAGAUAAAGGAAAAGUUGCCAGGAAGUCACCAGUGAUCUCCUUCCAUGCAUGUGUGGAAGGAAUUAUAGAUGUUUUAUCGUGUAUGUAUGAUGUAUAUGCUAUAAUAAUCUGCUUUGUACUUGGGUGUGUGAUGUGUGAUACGGCAAGGCAGGAUGUACGUACUUUCAUAUGUUCGGUCUGUGAUUUGUGUUUAAUAUAUACGAUGAAGUGAAUUGUUAUAUGUAACAUAUGGUGUGGUAUUAUUAAUUGGUUUGGUAUUAA